UUGAGCGGAAGAUCUAUAUCAUUUCUUCUCUAUGUUUGUUCACAUAUAAAAGAUGAAGUACUGUAGGAAAAAUGGUAGAUUGAAAGUAUACAAAAAAUAAUAAUAAAUCAAUUAUUUGUUAAAAUAAUGAAACAUAUUUUCAGUAUUUAAUAUUUUAAACGUUAUCUAUAGAUUGUCUUUUCCCUAAUAAUAUCAAUAUGUUGGGAACAAAGAACGAUACUAGUAAAGACGAUAAUUUGAAAAGACAAGGUUCGUUCAGAAAGUUAUUACCUGUAAACACAAACGGAGAUUCUCAAUUAAGUAUGUCUGUGAAAAUGAUCGAUAGACCGACUGUAUCACAAACUAAUAAAGAAUAUACGAUUUAUUUGCAAGAAUAUAAUAUUUUAUCUGAAUAUAACAUGUUAUGUUCACAAGAUCUGAAAGGAAUUUAUGUUAUACCAUCUGCUCGAAAUUCUUUGUUAUGGUUUGGUGUACAAUUUGUGCGGCAAGGAAUAUAUCAAGGAGGAAUUUUUAGAUUUGAUAUAACACUACCACAAAAUUUUCCAAAUGGAGAAUGUCCUAAAGUCACAUUUCAAACUCCAAUUUUUCAUCCUUUAAUCGAUCCUGUGUCUGGAGAAUUAAACACAUUAUGGGGAUUUCCUGAAUGGAGGAAAAGUAAUAGAAUUUGGCAAUUGAUACAAUUUAUAACAAAAAUUCUGUCAAAAGUAGAUCUUAAGAUGAAUCCUGUGAAUCAUGAAGCAUAUAAUUUAUUAGAGAAUAAUUUCGAAGUAUUUCGAGAUCGUGUAAAAAAAUGUGUAAGAGAAAGUUUAAAUAAAGUUUACAAUUCAUCUACAGUGGAUGAUCCUCACUAUAUUAUGUUUAGUCCAUAUGUUGAUGAACUUUAUAAUUCUAUUAAAAGAGAAAUUUAUGAACCUAAGGAAGAAGAAGAAAACAAGGCACUUGGUUUAUCUUGGGUGCAACCAGGAUCAUUGCAACCAUUCUCUAAAUCUGAAGCAAGAUAAUAAGUAGCAUUAUGUAUAUUUAUUAUUUAUAGAAAAUUUAUAGAAAACAUAAUAACAAAACUAUAUACGUCCUUAGAAAAUAAGAGGAACGUAAAUUUAAAUGCAGGGGAUAAAUUGUAAUAUAUUUUUAUAAUUAAAAUGAUUAUUUUUUAUUUUAAUUUUUAAUAUAAUGAAUAUGAAACUGUUUUGUAUAUUAAGCAUAUAUAAUACUCUUACAUUUAAUUAUAAUAAAUACAAUUGUUGGCUUGUUAUUAAAUGUACUGCGAACAUUUUUUUU